AGUGAUUAACAGUGUGAAUGUCAAAUGCAGUUGACAAACGACGCGUUUUAUUUUUUGUGUUCACAAAUAUCUUAAAAAACUAUAUAAUUUUGGAUUGCGAAUAAAAUAAUGUCCAAAUCCGCGCUAAAACACUUAAAAAGCACAUGCCGCGUGUGCGGAAAGUACGCGAGCAACAAGCGAUCGCCGAAGAUAUUCGAGCGGACCAACACAAAGAUGAUCGACAACAUUGAGUUGCUCACAGGCCUUCGGCUGGAGAACUAUGGCUGCCUGCCGGAUCAGAUAUGCGAGUGUUGUAGCAUGGAAUUGGCCUCUGCUAUUAAGCUAAGGGAGCGCUGCAUCGCAGCACAGCGAGAGCUGCUCCUGGGCUUGACCGAGGAGCAGCGCCAAGGCAUCUCGGCAUUCUAUAGGGCUGCCGUCAUGGGAGAGGAUAUUUCCCAGACGGUAAAAAAGUUUCCACAGACAGACGAUGAAGAGGUCUAUGCCACCUAUCAGGAAAUCGUUUUAGAAGAGCCCAAGGAAGAAAUCGACGAAUCCAAGCUGGAGUACGAGAAUGCCUAUUUUGAAGUGGCUGAGGGGCAAGUCGUCGAGGACGACGGGGCCUCGUUGAUUGAGGAGGAGUAUGAAUCCAUCCUGGCAGAGGACGAGGAGCAGCAGCAGAUGGAACUUGAUGAAGAUUCAGAGCUGAUUGUGGGUGAUGUUAAUGACCAGUAUGUCUACGAUUCCGAUGAUGAGGUAGCCGUCUUGGAUAACGUGUUGGAUGACGAGUACGAGCACGAAAAUAUUGUGGUCAAGAAAUGCAGUCUGCCGCCAAAACCCAAGGUCCGCUCCGAUGAUCCCCGUCGUCGUGGCACUGGAGGAGUGUACAUCUGCGAUCAGUGCGGAAAUCACAUCAAGGGUCGCAUGGCCUUUGAACUCCACUGCCGUCGUCAUCGCGGCGACAAGCAGUUCGGAUGCGAACUCUGUCAGUCACGUUUCUGCACCACUUCCGAGCUUAAACGCCACAUGCGCAAGCACACCGGAGAGCGUCCAUUUGCCUGUCAGUACUGUGGACGGUGCUUCACUGACUACACCACCCGGGUGAAGCACGAGCGCACCCACACCAAUGAGCGUCCCUAUGUCUGCGGCACCUGCGGCAAGGCCUUCACCACUGGCUACAUCCUAAAGAACCACAUGCUGAUACAUUCCGGCGAGCGGGCUUACAGGUGCGAGCUGUGCGACAAGUCAUUCAUGCUGCCCACCCACCUGAGCACUCACUUCAGGUCUGGAGUUCACAAGCGGCACCUAGAAAAGGCCGAAAUGAAGCAGGUCCUUGAGCAAGAGCAAAAGCGGGAACUUAAGGAAGAGGAGGAAGAUAGCCUGCACAUCUAAAUACGGCCGAAUAACAUAUAGCAAUUAUAAGCGAUGCAAGAACGACAAUGGCGCACAGCCAAGGAGCAUUUCUGAUAUAAAAUCUUACGAAUUGUAAUACAAUUAAUCUUGAAUAUAAUAAAUCCAAGCUUCAAAUCAUAAA